AUGUGGAAUAUUCCACUGACAUUUAGCAUGUUGCAGAUAAUACUCUCCUCAACCGAAAACGAGUUCCUUGACCACCUUAUUCCUGUUCUCAAAGAUGCGUCUAGUUCGAGAAGGACACCAACACUAGUUCAAAACCUCGCUCGCUACUCUGAGAGUUGUGAAGCUGAUGUAGAACGCAUUGGUUUGACUAGACACGAGGAGUUCCUUGAUUCUGUUAGCAAGCUGCAACAUGUCCGUGAAGAAACUGUGUCAUUAACAGCCGAGAUUCUCAAACUCAACCAAUCGAUUCAGGCCAGCACAGAGAAGCUUGCGGAGCAGAAAGGCGCUUUGGUCAACACGGCAGUCAUUCGUCAACACAUCGCUGACGCAAUAAAUGCUCUUAAAGACUCGCUAAAGGUGCUCUAUGCAGUCAACCAUGCCCACGACCUUGUGCGCCGCAAAAAAUACUAUUCAGCACUGAAAUCGCUUGAUGACCUCCAGAAUGAGCAUCUUGUGCCGAUCCUGCAAAAUCGGUAUGCCACCCAGCACCGUCUGGCCGAUGUUGUUCAGCAGUCCAUUCCUGGUUCUCGGAAGGCCAUCUCUGAAGCUGUAAUGACGGACUUGAAUACCUGGCUUUUUCGCAUUCGGGAAACAUCACAGUUCUUGGGGGAAGUUGCAUUCUAUCACACUGAACUGCGAAGAUCUCGGCAGAGGAAGCGGGUCGAGGACGAUCAAUUUCUCUCCAACUUCAAACUCAACUCCUCAAUCGAGCUUGUAUGUGAUGAAAGCGAAGAAUUCGACGUUUUAGAUAACGAAGAGCUCCAAGUCGAUUUUACGCCGCUCUUUGAGGCCAUGCACAUUCACGAUGCGCUAGGCCAAAGUGACCGGUUUCGGUCCGAGUACGCUGCCACCCGACGGCAGCAAAAGGACCUUCUUCUCCCAAAUUCCAUCGAGCUCUUGGCCGAUGAUGAGUCUUCAUUGAGCAGUCUGCUUGAAGGAAUCGCCGGCUUCGCAAUCAUUGAAAAGGCAACAAUGAGGCGCUUGCCACAUUUACGAUCUACUGUUGAUGUCGAAGAGCUCUGGGAGUCCAUGUGUAGUUCAGCAAUCAACUUGACGUCCAGGGCCCUGAAUGAAGUUAGCAGCGCCGAGGUUUUGUUGAAAAUUAAAGGGUUUGUUGCACUGUUCAUUCAGACCAUGGAGCGCUGGGGUUAUUCGAUUUUGAGCCUUGAUUCAUUCCUCCUCACAUUGUUCGACAAGUAUGCCCAACUGCUCAAACGUCGAUUCAGCGAAGACUUUCAAGAAAUUGUGUCGACUGAUGAUUACAUGCCAAUGGCCAUCAACUCUCUCGAAGAAUAUGAGAAAUUCUACUUCUUUUCGGACGACCACUUCCAGCAUUCAGACGUCAUUGAUGAGACCUUGAGAAAGUCUCUAGACGAGCUUUUGACAGAAAAAGUCUGCAAGUCAUUGGUUGAGCGUCUUAGUUCCCAGUAUCUUGGUCAGAUUGUUCAAAUUCUCAUCAAUCUCGAGCAUUUCGAGACAGCAUGUCAAGAACUGGAACAGUUGUUGAUUAGAGCAAGGUCAUCCACAUCGGCUGGUGGGCCACUAAAACUCAAUGCGACCGAGGAGUUCCGUAACAACAAAAAGACUGCCGAGAAACGUAUUUUUGAGCUGGUCAAUAGUAAGAUCGACGACCUCGUGGACACGGCUGAAUACGACUGGCUGCCAACAUCGGUAAUAUCAGAACCGAGCAGCUAUAUGCAAACUUUAACUCAGUAUCUUUCUAACAUCAUGAAUUCAACGUUGCUGGGGUUGCCACGGGAGAUCAAGGAGCUGAUCUACUUUGAUGCACUAAGCCAUGCAGCAAACAAGAUUCUGGCGCUUCCAUUGUCCCCUGAGGUGAAACACAUCAACGCUCAUGGCGUCUCUGCGCUCGCUCAAGACGUGCAAUACUUGACAGAAUUUGUGAGUAGUCUUGAGAACGGUCAGAUGUUGAGAGAGAACCUGGAUGAGCUCCAACAAACCAUCAACCUCAUGCAAUCGGAAAAUCAUGAUGAGUUCUUCGAUAUUUCCAUCCGUAACAAAAAGUACGGGCGUGUGGAUGCUAUUAACGGGCCUACUCUUUUGGAGAAACUUACCCCUGUAGCUCAGGGGCGCAGUGCACCAUUGUCCAACCUCUCGUCGCGCUUUGCCAUGAUGAAGUGA